CCUCGGUCGAUCAGAGACCAACGUUUCAGAAUCCCACUCUCGCCUUAGCCAACUCAGCCCCUAAAACCCAAAACCCCUGCAAAAAUCUCGCCCUUUAUUUCGUGGUCUCGAAGAAGAGUGCGCGAACGCAAACUCGAACGCUGUUUAAUGAGGAGAGAUUGAUAGCGUAGAAGAUGAAGGAAGAAGACGGGGGACCCCCGAAUAGAGAACUGUACGCACUGCUCCACUUGUCACCGGACGCCACCGAUGAAGAAAUCAGGAAAGCUUAUCGUCAGUGGGCUCAAGUCUAUCACCCUGAUAAAUACCAGGAUCAUCUUAUGAAGGAAACUGCCACACAAAAUUUUCAAAGGAUAUGCGAAGCAUAUGAAAUAUUGUCAGAUGAAAAUAAGAGACAAAUAUAUGACAUAUAUGGUAUGGAAGGGUUGACUUCUGGUUUGGAACUUGGUCCAAAGCUGAGCAAAGCAGAAGAGAUAAAGGAAGAACUUGAAAAGUUGAGGCGGAGGAAGGAGCAAGAAAAUACGUCUGCACAUGUCCGUUCUUCAGGUGUAAUACUGGCCAAAUUGUCUUUGCUGCAGUUUUUAGACGGCCAUGGCAUCAUGGGAGGAAUGGCUAUGGCCAGUCAACUUGACUCUCAACUAUCCAAACGUGAUACUGUUACAAUUGGUGGAAGUUUACAAGUUAAUGAAACCUUUGGUGGUGGAGCUGCAACUGUUCUGCUCAGGCAUCGGCUUUCCACGGUUUCAUCCAUAGAAUUUAUGGCUUCAGCUGGUCUGCGAACUCUUAUUGGGGUACAAACAACACGUCACCUAUCUUCACACUCAUCAGCAACUAUGGCCAUUUCAAAAUCUUUGACAGACGGUUCAAUAAAUCUUUCUAAUUCUUGGACCUGCCAACUUUCUGAAACAGCAAGUGGAAAUAUAGAACUUUUGCUAGGUUCUGAAUCAUCUAUUGCAGUUGGAUGGCGAAAAAAAGAUGAAAAGAUAUCUACAUCCGGAGAGCUGAAGAUUGGCACCACUUCGUUUGGGGCAUCGACUCAUUAUACUCAUCGCUUUUCCUCCAAGUCUCAUGGUCGAAUUGCUGGCAGAUUUGGAAGCACUGCUCUUGAGAUUGAAGUUGGUGGUGGAAGAAAAAUAUCUAAAUUCAGCACUGUCCGGAUGCUGUAUACUGUUGGAAUUCAGGGAAUUUUUUGGAAAUUCGAAUUGCACCGUGGGGGACAAAAGUUAAUUAUUCCUGUAUUACUUUCCAGCCAUCUGAAUCCUGUGUUUGCAACUGGAGCAUUUAUAAUUCCAGCAUCAGUUUACUUUUUACUCAAGAAAUUUAUCAUUAAACCAUAUUAUCUCAAAAGGGAAAAGCAGAAAGCUCUUGAGAAUUUUGAGAGAACCUCUGCCCAGGUUCAAGAAGCAAGAGCAGCCGCGGAAAAGGCUCAGCGGUUGUUAGAAAAUGUGGCCAAUAGGAAAAGAAAUAGGCAAAUUGAAACAAAUGGCCUGGUCAUCAGUAACGCGACGUAUGGAAGUUCUAAGGUUUUGAAGAAAGGAGAUGAAUCAAGAGAAAUGAAUGAUAAAUCAACUUCCCAAGUUUUGGACGUUACGUUACCUCUUAAUUUCUUGGUUAAUGAUUCUGGUCAACUCAAGCUUCACGAGGGUGUGAAGAAGUCGGGCAUUAUGGGGUUUUGUGAUCCUUGUCCUGGAGAACCUAAGCAGUUGUAUGUGGAGUACAAUUAUCAUGGCCAGAGAUGCGAGGUGUUUGUUGAUGAUUAUGCGGAGUUGGUAAUUCCACAAGAAGCACACAGGAUCUAGAUUCACUUAAAGACUAUGCAUUCCUAUCAACAUUUCACUUGGAUUUUCGAAGCAAUGAAAGCAGGUGACACCGUCGUCCCCCCGUUAUAAGUGUCUUGUUUCGGAAUAACAUUUAAUCGGGGGGAGUUGAUGAAAUAUUUUUUUUCCUGUUUUAUACUACUCACAUGGAAUAAAAGUCCUGUAUGCUGAUUUAGAGGUGAAACAUCCUUUUCAGUUGGUUGUUUUCCCCCCUGAACAUGGCAGUUAAUUUUUGGUUUUUGCCACCAGUGUAAUUGAAAAUAAGGACUUGCCUCUA